GAUAAGACAAUGUGGAUGCCGACCUCCGCAAUUGCACGUGGCUGCAUUGGAAACACGGCCCUGGGCUCCCUGCAACCAGACAUGUUCCUAGUGAACGACUUGGCCAAAGGAGUUCCAGUGGACUGCCGCUUCGUGCCCCUGCUCUCGAAGGAGCUUCCCGUUCAAAUUGCCACGACACGCUCUUUCAAGGACAGCAGCUGGCCUCAAUGGUGGGAGGAUCUCGAGAGCUGGGAGAUGGCAUGUCCUGCGGGCAAGGUGCUCCAGUCAUUGGACAUGCUCAAUGUCAACAACAAGCUGCAGGUGAAGUACACCUGCGCAACGGCCUCGGGCCUCGGACAAUGCUACCCAGCUUGGACGGACCAGCAAGACGCGCACGAGUUCAAGGACAGUGCCCUCUCCAAGAGCAUCUUGAAGCGCUUGCACAUCGUCUGCCCUCAGCACGACCUGCUGAGCGCAGUCCACUUCGAGUACUCCGAAGGCGGCUUGUGGGCACGCUUCAAGUACGUCUGCUGCAAGGAAGCAGGCGCUCCAGUUGCCAUGGUCUCCAGAGGGCCGGACCACGCCCGCGUGAACCGCCUUGAGGGCACCUACUGCCCGGAGAAGGUUGGUUCGUCGGGCCGCUUGGACUACAUCCAGAAGGCGUGGGGUGGCUGGCAGACAAAAAAGCUCGCGAAGUUGACUUUCAGCGAGGUCACGGGCAAGUGGUGCAUUGGAAGCACGGGCCUCGGACAGAUGCAGGUGAUUGUUCGAGCCCGGGUGACAGCGUGGAGCCGAUGGGCUUCUUGGAUUUAUGUGGCGACGUAA